AUGGCCCGCACAUCCCCCCUCCACUGGCUCGGCGUCACCUUCCUCCUCCUCGCCGCCAUCCUCCUCCUCAUCACCACCAUCUCCGCCCCCGUCAUCGGCGACAUCGCCAUCUUGAAGGUCACCCUCGCCAACUCGAGCGACCUCCGCCACUCCAGCGUCACGUUCGGCUCCUUCGGCCACUGCGUGCUCGACGUCGCCCCCGCGCGCACCGACCAGGAUUAUUGCUCCCCGAGGAGCCUGGGCUAUAAGCCUGCGGACGUCAUGGGCGCGGUGGACGGCAAGUUGGGAUUUCUCCGGUGGCGUCUUUUCGGGACCGUCAAAGACCACGUCAACAAGCAGAAUAAAGGCUCUCAUGCCUUCUACUCGGUCGGCAUGUGGACCUGUCUUGCAGCCAUGGUGCUCUUGUUUCUCGGCAUGUUCAUCGUCCUCUUCACCUGCUUCGGUGCGAGGAAGGAGAAGAAGUCGGGUUCUGGCAGCUACGGUCACAAGACGAGUGCUGAUAGUGGGGUGGGCUAUGAUGGGUAUGCGACUCCGCGGACUACGAGGAGGACGAGGAGGAACAGGUGGUUCUGA